AUGGCAAAUUUUACACCUGUCUCAGAGUUUGUUCUACUUGGAUUCACAGGGGAUCCAAAGAUGCAGACAAUGCUAUUUCUGAUUCUGUUAAUCCUGUACAUCAUAGCUGUGAUUGGGAACUUUGGCAUGAUCAUAAUUAUUAGUGCUGAUGCCCACCUCCACACUCCCAUGUAUACCUUCCUCCAAAACCUUUCCUUCUUGGACAUCUGCUAUUCUUCCACAAUUGCACCCAGGGCUCUGAUUAACUGUCUGAAAGAAGACCACACAGUUUCCUUUAGUGGGUGUGCUACUCAGUUCUUCUUCCUGUCUCUUUUUGGUACCACAGAGGCUUUCCUUCUGGCUUCUAUGGCCUAUGACCGCUUCAUUGCCAUAUGUAAACCUCUUCUAUACUCCAUGAGCAUGCCUCACAAAGUCUGUGUACUCUUAGUGUUGGGGUCCUACCUGUGGGGUGUAGUGAAUGCCAUCACUCAAACAACAAUGACUUUUAAUUUGUCCUUCUGUGGCUCAAAUGAGAUCAAUGAUUUUUUUUGUGAUGUUCCCCCUCUCUUGUCCCUCUCAUGUUCAGAUACCUUUAUAAACCAAUUGGUUCUUCUUGGUUUUUGUGGCUGUAUUAUUAGUAGCACAUUCUUGAUUGUCUUGGUCUCAUAUAUCUACAUCAUCUCAACAAUCCUGAGGAUUCAUAACAUGCAGGGAUGCCAGAAAGCUUUCUCCACAUGUGCCUCCCACCUUACUGGGGUGUGCUUGUUCUUUGGUACAGUUUUCUUCAUGUAUGCACAGCCUGGGGCCAUCUCCUCCAUGGAGCAAAGCAAAGUAGUGUCCAUAUUUUACACUAUUGUCAUCCCCAUGUUGAAUCCACUUAUAUACAGCCUGAGGAACAAAGAUGUCAAGCAAGCUCUGUGGAGAAGCAAGCAGAGGAUCUCUUUCUGA